AUGGCGGAGAAGGCCACACGGCGCGCGUUGCACGUUGUGCCCCGCUGGGCGCUGCCCCUGUUGCUGUUCCUCUUUUGUGGCUACUACGUUAGCGGCGCGGUUUGGGAAGGCGUCACAGAUGAAGAGGCGAAAAAUGUGAAGCACCUAACGCAUGAGGUAGAGUUGCAAAUAUACAGUCAGCACACACUUAACUGCAUAGCUCUGUUUUGCAAUAACAAGGAAGUGGCAUGCAAAGAUGUGUACGUAGAAUUUGUGAAGGCAGCAAAUGAGCUAGCCAGCGACGAAAUAGCCUUCGUCUAUGUAGAUACAAUUGCACUGAAAAAAACAGCAGAUAAUUUUGACAUUCAAAAAAUCCCCAAAAUUUUAACUUUUAAAGAUUUUGACCCAGAAAAAGGAUACACCUUUGGAAAGAAAUACACAAAGGAGAACAUCGUGGAGUGGUUUAAAUUACUUCCCAUCCCAUCUAUUGAAGUGAUGGAGAAAGAUCAUGUGGGGAAAUACGUCGAAAUGCAGAAGAAGAAAGGCUAUGCUAGUAUUAUUGCUUUUUGUGUAAAAAAUUCUGACCAUGUUCAUAAGUUUUUUCAUUUCGGGGAAACCCACUCUCUGGCGAAUUUAGCCGUGGGGAUGGUGUACACCGAUCAGGAGAGUGAAGUAAAAAUUGAAAUUAGCAACGGGCCGGGGGCUACCAUUCCCAGUGAGCAGAUUAAAUAUAAUGAUGUGUAUAAACCGCAGAACAACGUGUGGGUGUCUAGUGACAUCCUUAAAUUCGCCAGUGAGUACAUGGCCCAGUUCCCCGUGGUCCUCAACUACAGGCGCACCUUGCACAAGCCGCAGCGGGGCGAAAUCUACGUCUACCUGUAUGGCCACUACGGGCACUACUCGGACGCGCUGUACGCGGAGCUGGCCCCCGUCAUGCGGGCGCACCACCCCCAGAGCGACGAAGUGGUGGACUUGCUGGGCUCCGAGCAGGGCGGCAACUUCAUCCUCGUGGCGGACUACCGAGAGGCGACGGUGGACGUCCUCUUCGGGUUGCUCCGGCCCAAGAAAUACAUCAAGCAGCUGCAGAGCGAAGGGAUAAACGCGGAGCAACUCUCCCAAGCGAUCUCCCAGUUUCACCAAAAGGAGCUUCCUCAAAUUAAAAAGUCAGAAAAGGAAGUAAAAAGAAGAGAGCAAGAGAGGUAUCAAAUGAUAUGUGCAAACAAUUUCGAGUCAUUUGUUUUAGACCCCAAAAAGAUCGUGUUAAUGUUCUAUCAUGUGGAGGGAUGCAAAGAAUGCAAGCCCCUUUUUUCCUUUUGGUCCCGUGUCUCCAAUUUUUUUCACUUGGAAAAUAAAUACAAAGACGUCUUGGUGGCCACCAUGGAUGCCAAGCUGAAUGACAUGGCUGAUGAGUCCGUUGACUUUUACCCCAGCGUGGCCAUUUACCCCACGGGCUCGGACAAACUGAAAAGGAAGAAAUUUCUGCUCUUCCCCCUCAAGCUGGAGACGCUGAUCGACCUGGUGGACGAGUUGAUGGAGGACGUGCAGGAGGACCUGUGA